AAAUUGUGGUAGAGCAGUCAACUCGUAGUAUCCAAGAGACAGUUGUCAACUAUAAACUUGCACCUUUUUAAACCCAGAGAAGUUGCAGAUUGGACGUUCCGACGCAAUAGAUCACCCCAGGAAAAUUCCGUUUAUUUGCUUUUGUGCAAAGUUCAAUUGGAAUCUAGGAACAAAAAAUUUUUUUUGGUAAACUAGCCUAAAAAUAACUUGAGCGUACAGAGACCUGCUUGAUUAGUUAGUAUAAUAAUGUCUUUGAACUAUGCGGAUGCAGUUCGUGGGAAAAUUUCUCUGAAACCGUCUUUAGUUGAAUGCCAACUUCGUGAGACAGAGGGUAACGAAGAUUCGAUACAAGUUUUUGCUGAUGAAACUUGUAAACUAAUUAACGCCAAUGGAAGUGAUACGCAUAUUGAUGAGCCAUCUGAACAGUCUUUAGAACCAUCUUUGGAAGAAGAGGUUUCUUUUUUGCCUCAGUCGCCGAUUCCGAAUGAAGAAGAACAUGGCUUGUCUGAGAGAGCAAAUGACGACAUCGUUGACGUGGCAAAGACGAGGGAACUUCCCACCACUCCACUAGCCUCUCAAGACAUCUCAGUUCAAGUUUCAUUAAUUUUCAGCAUACCGAAAAACGUGGGUAAAGUGAAUUUAGCAGGUAACUCAGAUGGCAAGAAACGUGAGGCUCAAAACGAAGAAAAAGAUAAUGACAAACCACUCAAUGACACUGAAAUACAGGAAGAAUGCAGCAACACCAUCACCGUAGAAGAUUUACUGAAGAACAUGAGCCAGCUGUGGAAAUUGGCGACUCACCUGAGGGGAAGGCAGCAGUCCGAACCUUCAGAUCUGGAAUACAUGGUAGAGUUUUUGGCAGAGGAAAAAGGGGGAGAGAACAAGACACAAAAACGUCGUGUGACGCUCAGUCGUGCAUGCGACUUAUUGACCAAUUUAUCCGGAUUCAUAUCUGGACGUGAGAAACCAAUAGUACAAAAAAAUAACGAGGAAGAUCUAGAAGAAUAUUAUGCCAAUGAUCAAGUGAGAUUGUGUUUAUCGCAGGAAUGUCAAGAGGAAGUGACAUGGGCUAACUUCUCGGACCUGGUAUUGAACAUGUAUUUACAGCUCAGACUAUUUCAGAGAGCGACCCGAUAUUUGGAGCGCUUUUGCAACUUUCCGGUUAUGAGUCGGGCCCUAGUGAAUGAAAAGCUCAACCAACAACGAAAACGUAAAUUUUCUGUUGAUAAAGUAGAUAAAUGCUUGGAUCAUUUGACCGAUUCGAUGCUCAGUAAUGACAAUUUUCCUGAAAUCCAAGCUCGCUGGAAAAAACUAUGCAAAGAUUUGGCCCAACAAGACGAACAGGUCAAAAUGGAGAAUGCAGAUAUGAGGCGCAUACUCAUGUCGCUAAUUCCAAGCAAAGAGGAUAUUAUAGAUGAAUGGAACUCUAUUUCAUCAAUCGUCGAAGCCGACAGGCGAGGUACCUCUCCUGCCACAGCUACUAAAUAUAACGAUAAUAGGCGGUCGCCAAAAUCUGAAAUCGAGAAUGAAAACGAUCGUGUCAACAACCAUCACAUUAAUACUAAUUCUUCUGCUCCCCAUCACGUGAAAUCGUCUCACUCUCAACAACAGCCAUCAGCAAAUCCUGUCGAAAAAAGACACCAACACCCAGAACACAGUUUCAAGAACCAAGCCAAAGAGCCAAAUAAUCUUGCUGAUAAUGAGUCAAACAAAAAACAUCACUACAACUCUAUCAAUGAUGCCAUCAACAGAGACUCCAUUAAUUACAAUUCUAAGAAACCCUUCAAACAUAACCCAUAUAGCCCUUUUGGCCACGAAGAUCUUAAUUCUGUCUCAUAUUCAAACUCUCUCCCUUCACCCGAUCAACACAACCAGCCAUCCUACUCAUCUAAAAAGUUAUUCAAAACAGAACCACCAGCAACUAAAAAAAAACGAAAAUCCCCUAUAUUGGAACAACAACUCCUUUUCCCUACCUUCAGACCUAUGCCACCUCUUCAAAAACUCAUCCUCACACUCGCUCUUAUAUCAAUCCUUGUCUUUUUCUUCUUUCUCCUUUUUUCAACCUAUUCGUCUUAGUGCUGUUUGCCCUCGCUGACUCUGCUUAGUCCGUUGUAUCACUCCAAUCCAAAACCGCCUUCUGCAUCUACCAAUAAAAAAAAAUCUUGCACUCUCUC